UGACCCAGUUCAGUUUGAGCUUCUAGCUGCUUAGCUUUUUUAGAGAGAGAAAAAAAAAAGCCAAGCCAAGUCUUACAUCCAAUUAUGAUCACUUAUUAUAUCUGAGGCUGAUCAUCUUCUCCAUUGAUUUCUGAAGACGUAUAUAUAUACACACAUGUAUAUAUAUAUAUAUGCAUCAGCUUUAUUCUUACUAGGUUUCUCUCAUGGCUCUCAACUCAACAUGUUGACUUAUUGAGAUCAUCUUCUUAUUCUUCAACACCACUAAGCAAAAUUAACUUCUACUUCUGUUUUCAAUCUUGUAAGGCUUUUUCUUCUUUCAUCUCUUGUUUUAUUUUUGCAUAUAACCAGCCAACAAGAACAAAGAUUUAAUUUUUUUGGUUCUUACGAUCUUGUUUUCUGAUUUCUGAUUGUGGGUUUUAAGGAGUGAGUUUUGAUGGAAUUGUGGUUGCAGUGUCAGCAUCGACUUAAUUUCUAAUUUCAGAAGAUAGGUAGGUAGAGAGAGAGAGAGAGAGAGAGAGAGAUAGAAUUGGAUAUACAUGGCUAGAGAAAUCUGUGAAGAAAAAUCAAGGAACUUGAUUUCCUCAGCAGGUGGCUUUUGUUACUCAGAUAUUUCAUCGAGUAACCCAAUAAUUCAUCAAACCCAUCUGCAGGUGAACCAGAUCCAAGACUUUGAAUCGAAUCCAGAGAUGUUCAACUUGACCACGGGCAUGGAGAUGAUAGGGUUCACAAAGAAUCUACAGCAGCAACACACUGACACUAACUCUGUUAUGUGGAAAGGUUUCUUUAACAAACAUGGAAACAACGCUGGCCCUUCUUCAAAGAAGAUCAAUGAAUCAACAAGUGACUUUUAUCAUCAUCAUCAUCAUCAUGAGUUCAACAAAUCAGAAUUAUUCACAACUGGGAUAUCAGGAACAAGUAGUGAGAAUCUUAUAGUUGAAACUCAUGAGCAUGGUUCUUGGCAAGAGAAUAGGCUGCUUGUUGAUGAUUCUUCUUUGAGAUGUGUUUUUCCGUGUGCAGCAAAUGAAAGACCAAGUCAAGGUCUUUCACUUUCCCUCUCUUCAAGCAAUCCUUCAAGUAUCAGUUUACAGUCUUUCGAACUGAGGCCAGCCAAUCACAACAACCAUGGCCAACAGCUUAUGCAAGAUGGGUUUUUGGGUAAAGCUGCAAAUAUUCAUCAUCAAGCGCAGUUUCAGCUGAGGAAUUCAAAGUACUUAGUUCCUGUUCAGGAGCUUUUGAAUGAGUUCUGUAGCAUUGGGACUAAGCAAACUGACGGCCCAAAACAGAAGACCCUUAAGACCAAACAAUGGGAUGAUGAAAAUGCAAGUAGUUCUUCCAGAAGGCAAUCUCUUUACUCACUGGAAUACAUGGAAUUGCAGAAAAGAAAGGCAAAGCUGCUUUCAAUGCUGGAUGAGGUUGACAGAAGAUACAAGCACUACUCUGAUCAAAUGAAAGCUGUGGUGUCUUCCUUUGAAGCAGUGGCUGGUAAUGGAGCAGCAACUGUGUAUUCAGCUUUGGCUUCUAAGGCUAUGUCAAAGCAUUUUCGAUGUCUAAGAGAUGGGAUUGUGGGUGAACUUCAAGCUACAAAGAAGGCCAUGGGAGAGAAAGAUCCCGUUGCACCAGGCACAACCAGAGGUGAAACACCAAGACUAAGAAUCCUUGAUCAAGCUUUGAGGCAACAAAAGGCUUUUCAACAGAUGAGUAUGAUGGAGACUCAUCCAUGGAGACCCCAAAGAGGCCUACCAGAAAGAUCCGUUUCAGUUCUUCGAGCUUGGUUGUUUGAGCAUUUUCUCCACCCAUACCCAAGCGAUGUUGAUAAACAUAUCUUAGCCCGCCAAACUGGCCUAUCAAGAAGCCAGGUGUCCAAUUGGUUCAUCAACGCGAGGGUGAGGCUAUGGAAGCCUAUGGUGGAAGAAAUGUACUUGGAAGAAGCAAAGGAAGGAGACAACAGCAUGGCCUCUUCUGAUGAGGCUAAUCAGAAUCCUAAAACUGAUCAGAAACCAACACAAGACCAGCCUGUUCGGAUUGAUUCAGAGUGUUUAUCUUCCAUUAUCAAUAACCCAGAUAAAAAUGAUCCUAAAACCCCUAAAAGCCUUCAUCAAAACCAACACUUGCACCAUCAACAGCAAAACUUUGGGACAUUUGGUACCAUGGAAAUGGAUUUUUCAACGUAUAAUCAACACGGGGUCGGUGGGGCUUCUUAUGCUAAUGAUCAUAGUAAUGCUAAUCAGAACUUCAAUGGAGGUGGUGUGUCAUUGACACUAGGGUUGCAGCAACAUGGAGGGAGUGGAGUGAGCUUAGCUUUCUCUCCUGCAUCGCAAAACUCUCUUUUUUACGCCAGAGACCACAUUGAAGAUUGCCAACCGGUUCAAUAUUCACUUUUAGAUGGUGAAGGACAGAAUUUACCUUACCGGAAUCUGAUGGGAGCUCAGUUGCUUCAUGACUUGGCUGGUUAGAAGCAGCAAAGUUCAUCUCCAUAGUUAUGAAGAGAUGAUCAUUGAAGAAUUCUUAAUUCUUAUCAAAGAAUUAUGGUGGUAUAGUUAAAUAGUUUAGGUAAAGGUAAUGCUCCAUACGAUAAUAUAUAUAUAUAUAUAAAUACAUAAAGAGCUACAGUGGGAUUGAAAAAAAAUAUAUAUAUAUAUAUAUAUAUAUAUAUAUAUGCUGUGGAAGAUAGUUUCAAGGCUAGCUCUAGUAGAUUUGCAUCUUUUUAUAUAUUUUUAAUAUUGGUACAAACAUGUCUAUUUAAUGUUAGGUUGCAUUUCAAUGGCGAUGGCAAUUGAUUGAUGCAA